UUGAGUACAUUUCUUUUUCAUUUUGGUCGGAGAAGAGCUACAAAAGAGAGAAUGAGGAGAGGAAUCUGAAUACUGAAAUUUGAAUUUCUGAAACCAACGUGUGAGGCAUCUCAAGAUUCUGUUCAGGCGAGCUCCCAAAUUCAUAUUGAAAUUGCUAGCUAGCUGAGUGAAUUUUUUUAUCUCCAUCUCGAUCUGGGUUUCUGAGAGAAAACUGCCUUUUUUUUGCGAUUGGGUGGGAUAAAGGUUGGAUUUUUAGAUGAUUUCGGUGAGCCACAGCUCUGCGAGAAGCGAGAUAGGGUUAGGGUUUGGUGGAAUUGAGGAAGAAAUGAUGAUGAUGGAAGAUAGCGACUUUGAGGAAGACAGCAUUCAUUCUUAUGUUUCUUGCGUUGACCCUGAUCUUGCUCUCUCUUACAUUGAUGAGAAGCUAGAGAACGUAUUGGGACAUUUUCAGAAGGAUUUUGAAGGUGGUGUUUCUGCUGAAAAUUUGGGUGCUAAGUAUGGUGGCUAUGGUUCUUUUUUGUCUAUGUAUCAAAGAUCUCCUCUUUGUAAGACUCCACCACAAGUUCAACACCAAAUGGUGAGUGGAUUUAAGUGCUCAGCUUCAUCGGCUGUACCUCAAGUAUCAGUAUCUGGUUCCACUUCUAAAGCUCCUCCUGCUUCCCAUGUUUUGGUCAAUUCAAGUAAUAUAGGGACACCUGAUAGCAAACAAAAACCUGUCACUAAACCUUCUUCUUCUUCUGCUCCAGUGAAUCAUAAGACACUCAGGCUCCGUAUAAAAGUUGGUUCAAGUGACCUCUCCUCACCUAAAAACGUUUCAACCUAUAAUACUAAACAAGGCCUCAAUAUGCAACCAUCAACGUCGAGGGUGAAUUGCCUCUCAGAAGUUGAAGAACGGUUACCAAAUGGGAUUCAUGAUUCGCCGUCUAAAAUUCUUGUGGCUAUGGUGUCGUUUCCUUUGCAUAAAGAUCAGCUUUUAUCACCUCUCUCUGAUGAUCUCAUUCAGUUGGGAAAGAAAGAAAAGAUCAUGACAGAUGCUGGAUAUGUUUCUCUCAACAAGUCAGACCCAAAAAGUAAACACGACAAGUUGAAGGAGGCUUAUAAACAGUCAUGUGAGGAGCUGGUUUCUAAGACUCUGAAGCUUCCGCUUUUGUCCUGUCUAUCACCGUCAUAUAUCCACCCGGCAAAAGAGAUUGAUAAAAUAUCAGAUUCUUAUGCGGAGCACGUUGAGGAUUCAUCAAGAGGAACAAACAAUAGGGACCUAGAUGCAUCUUUGAUGGGUUCAAAGCCUGAACUGGAAAAUAAUGUUCUGGCUUUUCCAGAACGAAGUGUGAACACAAGAAAAGACGUGUACCUAACCGAAGGUGAAACAUCUAACUCGUUUGUUAAGGUUAGUAAGAGUGAGACAAGGCAUGAAGACCAAAUUUUGAAUUCAAAACUGCUUGAAGCACACAAGUCAAAAAAAGGUUCAAGCAGGAAUAGUUUGAGAGGCAAGAAUACUGCUGUAAAUAUAAUUAAUACGACUGUAGUAGAAUAUUUUCAAGAAGAUACUGGAGGAUCUGAAGAUGUGCGUGAAGGAUUCUUUGGUGAUUCAGGAGGAUCAAAAGAACAAAGUAGUCUGGUUCUUAAAGCUAAGAAAGAAAAGCUUUCAAAAGAAAUUACUUUGAAGGAGAGUUUAGACAGUGUUCAAAGUGAUGAAGAGGCAUGUAAGCAUCUUCCUUUGGGAGUGGAAUCUGAAAGAGAACUUUCUGGGACUUGUAAGAAACCAAAGACUGGAAAAUCACGAUUCUCUUCUUUAGAUCAACCUGGAUCCAACAAACUUCUGGACGGUGUAAAUAAAACUAUGAUUGCUCAAGUCUCAUCCCAUAAAGUCAAGGAUAUUGCUAAGGCUUCCUCGCGUGAUGGACAGGAAGACAGAAAGAGGAAACAGGAGGAAGAUAAAGUAGGUGGAGAUUGUAUGAGAUUAAGAGAAUCUGCAGUAAUGGAGUCAAGUAGAGAGAAAGUUAGAAAGAAAAAGAGGCUUAAGGGUUCAAGUUGUGAUGGGAAAGAGUCUUUCAGUAAUGAAAGUUGUGAUAGGGACAGAGGACGUACUCAGGAAAAUUGUAGAGAUAGUGCUUCUCUUCUACCUAUUAGGGCGUCGUCUCCGAGUUUAUUAUGUAAGGAUUUGGGUUCUGAAGUUAUCAAAAUUAAUGUCCACGACGCCAAAGGUUCGCUAGUUGACUCACUAGCUCCUUCAGCCUUAGACCCACGUGAGCUUAAAUCAGAAAGAAACUCAGAAGGGGGUGGACACCGUGAUACUGACUCUACUACUAGUGAUACGUUAAAAAGAUGCCGAGAUGGUGAAGGGUAUAGCAUUAUGGAUAAUCCAAGGACAAAGAACGCUGCUGAAAAUUCCAAGGAUAAUGAAGUGCAAGAUCUUGGCACUGCUGUUGAAGUAAAAAGAAGCAAGAAAAAACCCAGUAGGAAAGUAUCUAUGGAGAGUAAUAAAGAAGGCUCAAGGGAAUAUCAAGAUCCUGAUACUAAGCUAGAUACAAAUGAUAGUCAUUCUUCUUCGCCACAGAAAUCUGACAGAGCAAAAACUAUUUGUGGGAAGAGCAACCACUUGGAAGUGAUCGCUGAGAAAUCAAAACCAGCUCCACCAGCUGGCGCAGGUCAAGUUGAAGUCAUGGACCACGGCACUGAGAUAUUAAAUACAAAGGAACAGAUGAUGAGAAAUGAUAAUCACAGUUCACGAAACCAAAAGCAAAAUGGAGGUGCGCAUAAGGAUGAUGUCGGUUCAAGCCCUUUGAAAAAGGAAUCCACGUGUCAGACUGCCUCCAACUCAAUCAAAGAGGCUACAGAUUUGAAACACAUGGCUGAUCGUCUUAAGAAUGUUGCGUCCAAUUACGAGAGCACUAGUGUUUACUUUCAGGCUGCUCUUAAAUUUCUUCAUGGUGCUUCUCUUUUGGAGUCCUCUGGUAGCAUUGCCAGAUGCAAGGAUAUUUAUGGCAGCACAGCAAAACUAUGCGAGUUCUGUGCUCAUGAAUAUGAGAAAAAUAAAGAUAUGGGGGCAGCUGCUCUUGCUUAUAAAUGUAUGGAAGUAGCAUAUCUGAGGAUAACUUAUUCCUCCCAUGGAAACAUAAAUAGAUACCGAUCUGAGUUGCAAGCAGCUCUUCAAGAGAUUCCAUCAGGUGAAUCUCCUUCCUUUGCUUCUGAUGGUGAAAAUCCAAACCAGACACUGGCAGCUGAGAAGGUUGCCUUGUCCAGCACUGUGAGGUCAUCUCCUAGAGUAACUGGAAAUCAUGUUCUCUCUUCAGUAAACAAUUCGUCUCUUUCGCAGCUUUUGGCAUUUUCACAAAAUGUAAGCUUUGCUAUGGAUGCAUCAAGAAAAGCACAGACAGCGUUUGCAAUUGCUAAGAGAAAGUCAUCUGACACUGGAUACAGUAGUAAUGGCAUAACAUCCAUCAAAAGGGCACUUGAUUUCGAUUUUCAGGACAUGGAGAAAUUGUUGCGUGUGGUGAGGCUUGCAAUGGAAUCCAUAAACAUGUGAUAAAUGAAUUAUGAUCCCACCUUAUAAAAGUAAGUUUUAACAUCACAAGGACCCAUACUCACUGCAGAGAAGAGAAGGGGAAGUGACUUUUGAGUUUUGCUAUGGAAAAUUGAAGACUUUUGUAAAACUUAUUUCACUGCUAAGUGUAUAGUGUUAGGACCUUUGUUGAGAGACUUUUGGCGAAGAUAUAGAAGUUAUCAUGAUGUGUUAUGCAUAUGGUAUACAUAUAGAUAUAGUAUUAGGAAGAGGCUAAUGAACUAAAAUUACUCUGCCUUUGUAACAAUUGUUUCUUGAAUUAAAGGGUUUGUUUUUUCAAUUCGUUUCAUCUACAUUUUAUGAAAGAAUGUAAAGACUUUGCAAAAGAAUCUAAAAC